CGUUUUCGAGCCGCUCCACGCUACAGUUCCCAGUUGGCUGAGAGGAAGAGGAGGAAACUGGGUGGAGACCCAGGCGGUGGGGUUUGUCUGCCAGUCCCAGGUGUGCCAGGCGCUGUACAAGUGAUGCAGCGUCUGUGGAAGGAGGAGGUUUCCGUCAGUGAAGUCUAAAUGGGCAAGCGCUAUUUCUGCGACUAUUGUGACCGCUCUUUCCAGGACAACCUACACAACAGGAAGAAGCACCUGAACGGCGUCCAGCACCUCAGGGCCAAGAAGGUCUGGUAUGAUCUCUUUCGAGAUGCUGUGGCCGUCCUGCACGAAGAACAGAGCAAGAAGCCAUGUCGAAAAUUCCUGCAAACAGGCCAGUGCGAUUUUGGCUCCAACUGCAGGUUCUCUCACAUGACGGAGGGGGAUUUGGAGAAGCUGAAUGCACAGGUGCAAGAGGAGAAGAGAGCCAAAGAGCAGCAUUUUGACGGGGCGGUUCUCCCUCCGGGCACCAUCGAGGACUGGCUGGAGAAAAGGGCCAAGGGCCGCGGUGCGGCGGAGGACGACAGCCCCCUCUCCGAGGAAGAGUCGCCUUUCCAGUAUCCCCCCGGCUGGCCACCAGUUCAGGAACUUCCGCCUUCCCUGCGGGCUCCGCCUCCCGGGGGAUGGCUGGUCCCACCGAAUCUCCACUGGGGAUGACGCCGGAUGCAACUGGAACGCUGGAUUCGAAAUGGGAUGGCCGUCGUAACCUUCUGGCAUGUUGUUUCCUACGGGCAGUCUCCCCGGCCGUCACUCCGCUGGCCCAACAGCAUUACCGUUUGUGAGGCAAGCGGGGAAAGUGGUGAUCUGCUGCCGACAUUUGGUGGUAAUCCAUUGCUUUGGACCUUUGCCCGGCAAGCGGUAAUGACACUGCACUAGCCCUGGUUUACACCAGCACAGUUACUGUAGCGCCGGCACUGUGACAGCGUUGGAUACUGCCAGUGAAGGCUGGUGGCUCCAGUGUCAGUGGGGCAGUGAAUCUGUUCCGGGUUUCUCUCAGAACUCUAAAGAAUCACUGUGGAUGGUUCCUUUGGAGUUCUGACUGAACCCCGGAAUGGAUCCACUGCCCUGCUGAAAUCGGAGCCUCCCCUGGACACUGUAACUUUCUGUAACUUCAUUUUCAUUGAUCCAGGGUGGGGUUUAUACAGACCGUAUAAUGACAAAUUUAAAACACAAAGCAGAAUGAAAACAGAGAAACCCUAAUGCCAUGGUUGAAUAAGCUAUUCAGAGUCUCAGUUGGGUUUUUUUAAAAA